AUGAAUCAACAACAACAACAACAUUUUGUACAUGCUGCUACUUCCUCCUUUUCUAAUUAUCCAUCCCAACAACAACAACAAUCACUAAUGCGAACUCCAUCAUAUCAAUACCAAAAUAUUCCAUCAUCAGAUUUAAAUCAAAUACCAAUUCAACAUCAACACUACACUACUCAGAGUAAUAACACUAAUAAUAUAUAUUCUAACAAUAGUAAUAACAUAAUACAACCAACAACAAAUAAUGUUUUUGAUUAUAACACUCCACCACUAAAAUCACAUUUACAUUCUACAGGGGGAUCCAAUAAUUCUUCAUAUUUUCAAAAUUCUCAAUACAAUAAUUUUGGUCAACCACAACAAUCUAUGCACAAUUACCAUCAUUAUGGAGGAACAACUAGUUAUAAAUCACCAACACACAAUAAUUCAUCAGGGUUUAUCAACCAACAAAGGCCUCCAACAGAUUCAGUGACAACUUCCUAUCAAUCACCUUCAACCGCCUUUACUCCAACAGAACUAUCGAAAACCAAAUCACCUUCCAAAACUCCAACAAACUCCACUGAAUCCAAUGAAGACUCUGCAAGUGAGGAAGAAUCUACUAAUUCACCAAAUGCAAGAAGAGCAAAGAAAUCCACACGUGCUUGUGAAGCCUGUAGAAGACAUCACCGUAAAUGUGACGGAGGUAGUCCUUGUCAAACUUGUAGUGGGAAGGGGAUUAGUUGUGUAUAUACCGAAAGAAAAAAGAGAGGUCCAAAGAAUGAGGCAACCAAACUUUUAAAGAAAGAAAUUGAGGAACUCAAAGAAAAGCUUAUGGUGAGUGAAAGAAUGAAAUGUGAAUGGGAACAAAAAUGUAAAGAAUUGGCCAAAAUGGCAGGUAUUUCGAUAACACUGAACGAUCAGAAUAUGCCUAUGUUUAGUAAUUUACAAAACGAUCAAAAUAGUAAUACUAUGGCCUUCUCCAAUACUCAGCAAACAACCAUGCAGAGUAAUGAUCAAAGUUAUCCUAUUAUAUUCGAUAGCAGUGGAGCUGUUGAUAAUUCAAAUCCUCUUUCCACAAUUCCAGUCUUCUCAAUUUCACUCUCUAAUGAAGAGGAAAAUAAUAAGAAACGAAAGAGCGUAGAGAAUAAUCUUGAAAAUCUGAAAAAGCAAAAAUUUGACACCACUAACAGUAGUACAGAAAUUGAACAUUUGGAUUUGUCACAGAAAAAUACAGAUCCCAUUCCAACGGAUGGUCAGAGGUUUGCCCUCUCUACAAUGGUUACUCGUUUCAUUAAUAUUUGGGAUAAAUUUGUCCAUCCAUUCCAUUCCUUACUCCCUCCAAAAUGGCAAUCAGCAAUGCCAGAUCUUCUCUAUGAUAUCAUUAGAAAUGAUGGUGUCAACUCUGAAAAUACCUUCUUCAUGUACAGUUUAUUAUGUAAUUCUGCUCGUUCUCUAGGAGAUAUCAUGCUAAGUAGAGAUUUGCACCAUAAAGCAAUGACAUUGUACCCUCUUCAUAUGAACAACCCAGAUCCUCGUGUAGGGUUUGCCUUGGUGCUUCUCUCCUAUUACUCAAUGUCUGUUGGUAGUUUGAGAAAGGCAAUUGCUUAUUGUAAGGAUGCUCUUCGUAUCUCUGAGGUGUUAGACAAACCACAACUCAAUCUUCAAAUGAACGCCUUCCUCUCUAUUGCAUCCAUUUCAGAUGACUAUGAAGAAAGAAAAGUGAACUUUAGGCGACUGGGACAAACUAAACAAAUUUGUGAUGUAAUCAUGUCUGUCACGGGUGAAGUUCAAAAUGAAAUUACACACGGUGGUAAUACCAAUUAUAAGGAAUUGAUUGCACAAAUGGCUGACUUGCUUCGUCUCAAGAAUAUGUCCUCUUCUAAUGUUACCUUAAUGCAUGAAAUUGCCAUUUAUGGUAUUUUAAUAUUGUGUCUUCAUAAGGCAGGAUACAGAGAUCUUGCCCUUAAUUACGGAAGAAAAUUAUUGGAAAUUUCAAAAGACACUAACUUUAAACAUUGUUGUAUUGGUACAAGCUCAAGUGCCAUCGCUCAAGCAGCCACAAUGUUCCUAGACUUUGAAGGAUAUCCAGAAUUUUAUGAGUGUAUGUCCAUUAUGGAUGAGUUAUCAGUGAGGUAUGAACUUGCUGGACUCAUGAAAAAGGAUGUUGAGGAAAGAUUUGUACUCAUGUCGAAUCAUCUUUCCUCAGGAGGUAGCAGCAGUGGAAGCUCUCAUACCAAUAGCCCAAACAUGCAAUUCUUGUAA